AUGUCCCUACCAAACGGAGACUCCGCGACGUCUGCUAGCCAGGACCAAAACGCUCAGGAAAGCGUAUUCCAGAGGAUCAGGGAAUUCGUUGCUUCUCUCGGGCUCGCUGCAAGCGACGGACUUAUCCAGCAUGCUGGCGAGACCAAGCACGAGGACUUGAAGGUCAUCGUGGAUCCCCAAAACCACGAGUGCUCUGUGACCUGCACAGCAGGGUCUCAUGGCACUCUCACACCAGCCGGCUCCAUUCGUUCGGUUCCUGAUCGCCUACAAUCCCUGAUUCCUCCCUCCAACUACGGUGCCGUUCUUCCUGGUUGCAUCUACCGCAGCAGUUAUCCCCAGGAGAAGAACUACGGAUUCCUGAAGGAUGUUGGAAUCAAGACCAUUCUAACUCUGGUCCCAGAGCCACUCUCACCAGAGUACCAGAGCUUCAUGAAGGAGGCUGGUAUACAGCACUUCCACGCCCACAUCAAGGCCAACAAGGGCGAAGUUCGCGUCGAAUCGUGCGAAAUGUCACGAGCUCUACGUCUGGUUAUGGAUCGCACCAACCACCCGAUCCUCGUCCAUUGCAACAAGGGCAAGCACCGCACAGGAUGCACCAUUGCCUGCUUUCGAAGGAUCCUCGGAGUCGACCCCGAGACGAUUCGCGAGGAGUACCAUACCUAUGCUGGUGUAAAGGCUCGCUUCCUCGAUGAGGUAUUCUUCGAAAACUUCGACCUCAACUUGGUCAUGUGGAUAGCCCGCCAGGAGGGCUGGGUUGCGCCUGCAAUCGAUGUUGCACCGCCCACACCCCCGGCUUCAGUCACUUCAAGCGCCAGCGCAAAGGUCGUCGCUCUCGCAUGA